AUGUUGUCUCUUGCAGAAAUCCAGCUCUCCAAUGCCCAGGCGUCGUCGACACUCCCGCCGGGCCUGGUGGCCCUCUUCGUAGGCGCUACCAGUGGGAUCGGAGCAGCCACAUUGAAGGCAUUCGCAAAGUAUACCCGUCGCCCGCGUGCGUACUUUGUCGGUCGCUCCCAGGAGGCAGCCGACCGCAUCAUAGCCGAGUGCGCGGCGCUCAACCCGGAAGGAGAGUAUAUCUUCAUUCCAGCGGAUGUGAGCCUCAUCCGGGUGGUCGAUGAAGUCUGCGCAGAGAUCAGAGCGCAGGAGACCCAUCUGAACAUACUUUUUCUCAGCGCGGGCGUCCCCAGUCUUGAUCGGAGUGAAACCUCCGAGCAGCUCCAUCUACUAGCUGCAUUACUUUACUACUCCCGUCUGCGGUUCAUCACCCGCCUUCUCCCUCUCGUCAAGCAGGCGCCCUGCCUUCGUCGCGUGGUCACCGUCGCCGGAGGAGGUAUCGAAGGCCCGCUGGACACCACGGACUUUCCCGCACUUCACGUGCCUCUUGAGCUGCUGCGCGGACACCUCUCCACCCUUAUCACUCUCGGCGUGGAGGCUGUCGCGCAGUCAGCUCCUGAGGUGAGCUUUAUCCACGACUAUCCGGGGCCGGUGGACACGCCGCUAGCUCAGCGUAUGCUGGCUGGGCGUGAGACGGACAAAAUCGACUUGAUGUCAGCAGAGGAGAGUGGUGAGCGUCACAUGUACCUGGUGACCAGUGCACGAUAUCUGCCUUUGCAAAGAGUGGACUCUUCGCCGCCGCCGGAGGGUAUCGUCGACGUUGUCCGUGGGAUAAACGGUGAGCUGGGCAGCGGGGUAUAUUCCAUCGGCGUGGAUGGGGACAGCGCGUCCCGCGAGACGCUUGAGUUUCUGGCAGGGCUGCGAGAAGAGGGAGUAGUCGGUCAGGUGUGGAAACAUACUGAAGGUGAAUUUAUGCGUGUUGCGGGCGAUUGA